UUGAUGUCAAGAAAGCUUGGGGUCCUUCUGAGUUCUGCCCAAAUCCACUACAAUAACAACAAUGGCGGGAGGAUAACAUACAUAAAUAACAACAAACAACCGACAAAAAUCAACUUUCUCCAAAAAUGUUCUUCAAUGGCUUGAUUCAAAGAAAAUUGACGUCUCUACUACGUCCAUGGCUUACACAAGAACCAGAAUUCGAAGUCAAAUUAGGGCUUUUCCGCUCUUUAAUUGUUGCGAAAAACCUCAAUUUCGACACUUCUGCGUUAAACAGCCUGAUUGACGGCGUUGAAGAGUUCAAAUUGCUGUUCCGAAGUUUAACGGUCGAUCAGAUUAUCGUUAGAGUUGCGCAUUGGUCUGCUCCUGCUUUCACUGUCGAAUUUAACGGCGUUAAUGUCACUCUGUUCUUAGAGAAACGAGCUUUUAAACGAGUUGAAGAAUCUGUUGAUGAUUACUUGGAGAAGAGGAAGAAGAAGAUUCUUUCUGAGAUUGACCCUGAUGGGAGCACAUUGCAUGACAAUAUUGAGAACAUGAUGACUACUGCCUCCUCAAAAAGCCGGCUUAAGGAUUCCAUAACAAAUUUGUUUUUGAUGCAUUGCUGUAUAUGUCUCCAUGAUGCACGAAUACGGGUAGAAUAUCCUGUUCCAGAAGACAUAUUUUCAUGGUCAUGUUAUUCAAGGGAGCUUAAUGCACAGUCUUCACAUAAAGAACUGAGGUGUUUUUUAGGUGGGUUUAUUGGUUUGUUUUUUUUGCCGUUGAGAGAGACUUCUUAUGAUCUUGAGGCUUCUAUGUUGGAAAUAGGAGCUGAGAGAAAAGACCAUAGUAGUUGUAUCCUCUCUUGUGUAAACCCUCAUUUUGGUAUUAGAAUGAAAGGUCUUCAUCUUGUAAAUAGUGCUCUUUAUGUUCCAGAAAUGAACUUCUCAUUUUCUCCGACCCAACUGCAAAUGAUGGGUGCAUUUAAUAACCUACUUAACAUAGAAUGUAAACAUGUUAGAAGCGGCAGACUGCUAUGGGGAAUAGCCAGGUGCAAAAUUCGCCAUUCCUUGCUACCUCCUGGAUUUAUGUUUUAUAGCGUGGUCCUUAUAGCUGUACUUUGGCUAUCCCUUGUCAAGAAAUAUCACUAUUACCUGAUAUUAGUUGGACUUUCUGAACACGGGGUGAAGAUGCCAAAAGAUCAUAACUUUCCCAGGAUAGCUGAGCAACAACGCAAGAUGAUAUCUCAAAUGAUUGAGAAGAAACUUCCAGCUGAAGCCAUAGCUAGUGCAAGGCGGGUUGCCCGCUAUAAGGCAGUAUUGAAAGAACCUCUUGCUGAAGAUAUUGCUGUGUCCCCUAUGAGCAGUGAUCCCAACAGAUUCUGGAGGGUCAUCUUUGCACUGGCUUUCAUAUGGCAGGCACCCGUGGAUUUGUUUGAUUCUAUUGUGUCUAUUUGCAAUCAGCAUAAUAUAUCACCCAAAGAUGGCCAAGUUAGAAUGACAUAUGAAGUUGCUGAUCCAAGUUGUUGCUUCCAGCUCAGCCUUGGGAAAAUAUCAGCUGCAGUUUCUUUUAUGGAUGCAAGUCGUAAAAGUUCAAAUAUGAGGAAAAGAACUCCUUAUUCAGAUGUGUUUUCAAUUAUUUUGCUAGUAAAAGAACUUCUCUUUAUUUAUGAAGAGGGCAUUUCCGAGCAGUAUAUUUCCUGUACUCUCGGAAUCCUUGAAGUGACUUCUGCACCUGUCUUCCCUGAUUCAGAAAACGAAACGAGCCCAAAACAUCUAGGUGAUGCCUUUAGGGGGCACUUUGGAGAGAGACUAGACGGUCCAGAAACCAUUGUUUGGGGUGAACCUGCUCUAAUGUGUUGCCAUUCUGAAGAAGGGGAUACUGGUCAUGGAGGUGUUCCCAUUUUAGAACAAAUGUCAGGGGAGAUGGAGCUGCUUUGGAAAAGAAUGCAGGAGAAUUUUGGAAGCAAGGGAAAUGGAGAUAGAAAUCCAUGGGCUAUUUGUGCCAUUCACACAUUUUCGGUGUAUCCAGGUGUUAAAAGCCCGGAUACUGGGUUCUCGAAAUGCGAUUUAAUGGCAGGGAAGCUGAACAUUGCAUUAAGAUAUCCAUCAGUAUCAUCUAUUGCCACACUCAGUAAGCAAGUGCAGCAUGCUCUCUGCCAGUACAAGGAAUCUGAGAGUGAUGUGGCUCCAUUGCAUUCUUUAAGGACCUUUGAGGAGUUACAGGAGAAUAAUUGGUCUGGUGGGUUGAACUCCAGUUUGCAGGAAAUGAAAAUGAGUAUUUUGAAAUUGCUUCCUGAAAAACAUGUUGAAGUGAGAGCUGUUAUUGCUGGUCCACGUGUCCAGAUAUCUGUGAGAAAUGAGGAGCUUUCAAGUAGCAAUUCACAUUCAAAUGCUGCAUAUGGUCAAAAUGGGGUUAAUUUUACAGUCGAUGUCCACAACGUUGAAUAUGCUAUUUGGCCAACUGCAAAAUCUGGGAUCGCACCUUCUAAGGAACAUCAGAAACAAAAUAGUCUCGAAUCAGAGUUCUUCAAGCUGGAGGAACCUGUGAUAGAGGGCUUCUCUAGAUCAGUCAAUCUAAAAUAUGCUUCAAAAGGACAGAUUAUGCACCUCUCUUAUCUGAAAUUUGGUGGUUUAAGAGUAUACUUUGAAGAUUUGGUGGACAGUAAUCUGAUCCAAGUCCUAUUAUUGAAGCCAAUGACUGCUAAAUUCUCAUCAUUGAGGGAUCAUCUGUACUCCUUUGCGAGAACUGCUGUUAUAUCUUCGUUGUCCUUACGUGUUGCCAUGUCGGAAGUUUCUGGCACUUUUUAUAUGGAUGAGUGGUCCGUGAUCAUGCAGGUUCUUGAGAGCUUGUUUUCUGCAGCAUCAACACCUGCUGCUGGCUACAGUUUGCGUGCAGUCCAAAAUCAUCUGGACAUAUCUGAAAAUCAGGUUUUGCAGACAGGGCCUAUAAGCGAGGAAAUGCUUAUCGAAGUUAUCAAGGAGGAAGCUUUGACCUAUGAAAGUGCUUUCUGUUUUAUUAGUGUCAGUUUUCAACUUGCCCCAUUUGAAAUUAUCCUUCAUAACUCCCGGAAUGAAGCUGACAGAAGAUAUUUUGCAAUGCUCUUUGAGGCUUACAACAUUCAAAACUUGGGCUUGGCAGAAUUGCCUAAUUGUGGAAUUUGGCUCUCAAUUCAGAAGACAUGUAUAGAUGUCUCUCUUGGGGAAGCCAAGGUUGAGGCAAAUGCUAAUUUCCAUGAAUUUCAUGCUAUUAUGUUCAGAUACAGAAAUCAGGCUGGAGAUGCUGAUAAAUCCGAAAUCGAGAAUGCUAUUAUUCAAUCUGCUGAUUGCAUGCAUGAAUUUUCCCUUUCUAGUUGUACCUUUAAUCUAUUACUGAAUUGCCUAAACAACACAGGAGCACAAACUAGAUCUAGUAGUGAAACAUCGAAUAGUGAUCCUCAAGGCUUACUGAGUUCUUCCUCCCUGAUUAUUGAUAGUCUGAAUUCGAAGCAAAUUCAAGAUCAAGGUUCUGAAUCUAAUGUAUCAGCUUCAAUGCCAAGUGAUAUGCUGCUAUUAAACAUUACUAUCGUUGAGACUUUCAUGGGCACAUGCUCAAUUAAGAAUGGACUUUUUAGGGCUGAUCCGACAGAUAAGCUCUAUCUAUCACUAUCUAUUGGAGGGGAGAGUAUUAUUCUUGGGAUCCAGGGUGGACGUAUUUACAUUGAAAUGGCAGUACUGGCUGGCUUCGCACACUGUCUCGCCUCAUAUUUCCAGUAUAUUAGGAGUCUUCUUUUUAUGAAUUACUCAAAUAGAAAACCUAUGGAGGCAGCUGAAGGUAGUUCGAAUGGAUUGGGUAGAGAGCAUAUCGAGGAGUCUACUGAAACAAAAACUUCUGUAGUUUCUUGUGUCCAGCAGAAACUCUUGGAAGCAUUUAGUGUAAACGUGUCACGAUUGUCGCUUGUACUUCUAGUGACUGAUGAUUCUAGAGUUGUCAAGGAAAUCAUAGGAAGCGUUGGUUUGACCUCAAAACUUUGGCUGGAGAAUAGAAAGAAGAAGUUCUUUUUCAAUCUUUCCCGCCUGGAUAUCCUUUCUCUGAUCCUUGAUGAGGGUAAGCUGGAACCAGAAAGAAGCAUUCAGAUGCCACAUUUUUCUUCCGUAGGAUCAAGCCAGAAUUCAUUGUGGUUGAAUCAUGAAAAUUCUACUGGGUCAGUUCCUCAUGUAGAGAAGACAUCUGUACUGUCUAAAGAUGCAAGCUACUCAAGUCCACUUGAAUCUAUGAAAAGCUCUUUUACUGAUAGCUCUGCAUCUCCAGUUGUCCAAUCAAGUGAAAGUGCUGGAAAUUAUAUCUUGGAACAAUUAGCUACUUCAAUAUCAGCUGAGAAAUCUAUUUCAGGGGAUGACAAUGGUCCAUAUUGCUCAACUCAGGGGUGGGUUGGCAAUGGUACUGUUUCAGGUUUAAAUCUGACAAUUUCUCUGUCUGAUAUACAGAUGCUUCUGGCUAUUGUUGAAUCCUUGUCUGAGGUUUCUUGGAAAGGUGCUGCUAGCAAUGUGGAAGAAAGAAGUUGGACGUUGAUCUACCAGGAAUCUGAAAAAGAUUUGGAAGCAGCAUUGCCUGAUGGUGCUAUUGUUGCAAUCCAAGAUGUUCAUCAACACAUGUAUGUUACUGUUGAAAGUGUGGAUAACAAAUAUAAAGUGGGUGGUAAAGUUCAUUAUUCUCUUGCUGGCAAAAAGGCACUUUUCAGGGUUAAAUGGCGGAAGCGACGAAUCUGGAACUCUUCAGCAUCUUGGUUCUCCUUGAUGUCACUUUAUGCUAAGAGUGAUUCCGGGACACCGUUAUACUUGAAUUAUUCAAGAUCAUCUGGCUUUGUUGACAUCUCCAGCAAUGAUGACAAUGCACAUGCACUUUGGAAAAUAGCCUCCUGUAAGCAGGAGAAUUUUGAGGAUGAUGUUAAUCUGGACCCUAUAAAUCACCUCUGUGAAAAUACUUUCUAUCUUGUUAACAAGAAGAAUGAUUGUGGUGCUGCUUUUGUUCAUGGUGCUUUGGAGUUUGUGAAAAACCCUGGAAAUCCAUUUAAGUUCAAAAUUUUUCAUGACCUUCUUGGGGUUCCUGAUUCAAGGAUGUCCGAUACUCUUCUACCUGAAGCACAUGGUGUUGCUCUCUUAGAAGCUCAAGAUAUUUCUGAAGAAGCUGCAAUGGUCCCAUGCAUAAGUUUGUCGAUUGAGAAAGUCUCCUUGAUCAUUGUGCAUGAAUUGUCGGAUUCCGAGGAGAAAUUACCUUUGCUUCAAGGAUCUAUGGAUAGUACUGAUGUCAUCAUUCAGAUGCUCCCUCAGAAAACCAGGGUGAUGAGCACAUUAACUGCUAUGUUUUACUAUUUUGAUGUGCAUAGAAUCAUUUGGAGAGAAUUUGUUCAGCCGAUUGAAACUUGUUUUUACUGGCGAUCAACAUCCCCUUCACAGGUUACAGGAAUAUCGGAUCAUGGGACUCUCUCUCGCCUUUAUAUUAGAAUACAGGAGCUGGAUCUAUCAUUAACGGAGCUUUUGUUGGACAAGCUGCUGUAUGUGGUUGGGAAACUGGAUUUGGCUGGCCCAUUCGAUGUUAGAAAAUCUGCUGUAUUGGUGAACUGCUGCAAGGUGGAAAAUCAAUUGGAUCUGGACCUUCUUUGCCAUUUCCACAAUAACCAAUCUGCAAGAGUGAAAAAGAAGCAGUCAGCUUUUUUUUUCUUGAGGCAUCUAGAGGAGCCUCAGGGAGCAUCCUAUGCAACAGUUUUGCUUGAAAAUCCUGGAUUAUCUUCAACUUCUUCAGUUCAUGUACCUCUUUCUGGGAGUCAGAUUUUUGCUUGGAGAACACGUAUCAUAUCACAACAAGAUUCACGAACCGGUCCUGGGCCGUUCAUUGUUUUCGACAUAUCAAAAAAUGCUGAGGAAGGUUUAUCACUUAAUGUGUCCCCUUUACUAAGAAUCCAUAACAAUACUGGAUUUCCUGUGGAGCUGCGUAUUCAAAGGCCUGAAUCAAUGGAUGUUGAAUCUGCAUCAGUGCUGCUAAGAGACGGGGACACUAUUGAUGACUGCAUGGCGGCAUUUGAUGCUAUCAGUUUGACUGGUGGGCCAAAGAAGGCACUGCUAUCUCUGGGUGCUGGUAACUUUGUCUUUUCAUUUCGACCCGAGAUAAAGGAGGAGCGUGAUUCUUGCACAUCUUGCUCAGUUGAAUGGUCCGGAAAUCUAAAAGGGGAAAAGGCUGUUCGUCUAUCAGGUGUCAUUGAUAAAUUAAGUUACCAAGUUCGGAAAACUUUUUUAGCUGAGUCUUGGAAGUAUUCCUUUAGCACUGUUGGCUGUUCAGUGAGAUCUGGAGAUACGCAUGUGGCUCAAAUGCAUUUCUUGGUUCAGAGCAUUACGAGAGAUGUUCCUAUUAUGCGGCCUAAUGAUCGUCUCAAAAGUAAAAGUUCAUCAAUUGCUCUGCAGGAGCAGAAGGAGUUAUUUCUUCUUCCAACUGUGCGAGUAUCUAAUUUACUGGAGUCAGAUAUUGAUGUACUUCUAACCGAAACAGAAAUCUCUGUAAUUGACGGUUUGAAGAACAUUAACCAAGCAACUGUUCAAGGAGGCUGUACUGUUGAUCUGUAUGCUAACCCUGCUGUUCUAUUCUUCAACAUUACAUUAGCUACGUUUAGCUCUAGUUGUAAGCCUGUGAAUUGCAGUCAAUGGCUAAAAAAACUGAACAAAAAGAAGGAUGGUAUUCAGUUUCUGGAUAUUGAUUUGGAAUUUUGUGGUGGAAUGUACUUUGCUUGCUUAAGGUUGGCUCGUGGCAAUAGGGGCAUGCUCGAGGCCACUAUUUUUACACAGUACACAUUAAGAAACGACACUGGUUUUCUAUUGUUCUGUGCUGCACCUCAUCAUAAACCUUUGUCUAGGGAUGCUGGUGAGAGUUAUGCCAUCACUACUCCUCCACAAUUUGGGACUCUUUUGCCUCCAAAAUCAACCAGAUCAUGGUUCAUGAAAUCGAGUAAGUUGUGUAUGGAACUGCUGGAUGAAGAAUCACCUAAGUCAAUCUUAGACUUGGAUGCCAUAUCAGGCCUUGCAGAGAUAAAAUUUAAUAGACUACAAGGAGCUGGGAUUAAGUAUUUGGUCAAGUUGGGGAUCUCUUUGGGACCAUUAAUGAGUAAAAUAGAUGUGCCAGCACAAAUGGUCUCUGUUGCUCCGCGGUAUAUAAUCUUCAAUGAAUCAGAUGAGCAGCUUUUUGUCCGACAAUGUUUCUUAGAGGAUGACUUUGGGGAGACAGUUAGAAUCAGCAGUAAACAGAAAGCAGCAUUAUCUUUCAGGGUUGCAUCCUAUGAUAAGCGGGAUAUCACCUUUUUGGAGAAAUUAUUGCAAAAGCACAAGGUUUCGGAUGAUGACGCAUCAUUUUUUGUGCAGUUUAGUCCAGAUGAAACUGUGGGGGGAUGGUCAGGUCCUGUUUGUGUAGCUUCACUUGGAUGUUUCUUCCUGAAAUUCAAAAGAAAUGUUGAACCUACUGUACAUCAGUUAGAUCCUGUAACAAGGGAAGAUGAUAUUACUUGGGAAUUUGCAGCUGUUCAUGUGGUUGAAGAAGGUCCCGCCUUUGUCUUGCAUUUCUGUAGACCACCAGAUACUUGUCUGCCUUAUCGAAUUGAAAAUCAUCUUCGUGAUGCUUCUAUUACUUAUUAUCAAAAGGAUUCAUUUCAGCCAGAAACUCUUGCAAGCGGAGGCAGUGUGAACUAUGUCUGGGAUAACUUGACUCGACCGCACAAGCUCAUUGUCAAAAUUAAUGGUGUUCAAACGCUACGUGAAAUCAGCUUAGAUAAACUGCGCACAUGGAAGUCCUUUUUUCGGGUGGGAAAACAGAGAGCUCUGCCUUCUCAUUUACCUGUAGAUACCAGAGCCUCUGAUAGAAGGGGCACGAAUCUUGCUCAGAUGAAUGGUAUUGAUGUCGAAAACGUGGGGUAUGAAGUAUAUGUUGAUGGUCCUACUCGUGUUUUACGAAUUUCUCACUCACCUGGAAGACGUAAUGCUGAUAGCAAGUAUCAGUCAUGCAUGAAGAUUCAGUUUAGAAUCUCUUAUCUUGCAAUUCGCUUGCUUGAACCCUGCAAGCAGGAUCAGCUGGAGGAUUUGGAUCCCUAUGAUCUGCCAACGUACACACCGUUUAUUAUUGGUAGAUUAGAUAACAUUAGUAUUGAUUCAAUCAUUAUUGAUCAGCGGAUAUACAGUCAAAUUAGGGUACAGUCUAUGCAUGUAGAUGAAAAAUGGGCUGGAGCUCCUUUUGCAGCUAUGCUCAGAAGACAUCUCACGUCCAACAAUUUCACAGAUGACUCCAUUCUCUAUGUUGUCUUUGUCUUAUUUCCUGCCACCUCAAGCAUCCGAGAUGUCAGAUACUCAUCUAUUAUUCUGCAGCCAAUUGAUCUGAACCUUGACGAGGAGACAUUAAUGAAAAUUGUUCCAUUUUGGAGAGCGUCGCUUAGUUCAAAUACUCAAAGUCAACAAUACUACUUUGAUCAUUUCGAGAUCCACCCAGUUAAAAUCACGGCAAGCUUUCUCCCAGUGGAUUCGUACUCAAAUUACAACUCAGGACAAGAGGCAUUAAGGUCUCUGUUGCAUAGCGUCAUCAAGAUCCCUGCCAUUAAGAAUCUAGAGGUAGAACUCAAUGGUAUCUUGGUUACUCAUGCUUUGGUAACAACUCGUGAGCUGCUUUUAAGAUGUGCAAGACACUAUUCAUGGUAUGGCAUGCGGGCUAUUUACAUUGCAAAGGGAAGCUCAUUGCUCCCACCAACUUUCGCAUCAGCCUUUGAUGAUUUGGCAUCCUCUUCUCUGGAUGUUUUCUUUGACCCUUCCAGCAGCUUGUUUAAUGUUCGAGGCCUCACCCUAGGUACAUUUAAGUUAAUCAGCAAAUCUAUUGAAGAUAAAGGUUUCUCCGGAACAAAGCGGUAUUUUGGUGAUCUUAGUAAAACUUUAAAAAAUGCUGGAUCCAAUAUACUUUUUGCUGCAGUGACUGAAAUUUCAGACUCUGUACUCAAGGGUGCAGAAAGCAGUGGCUUCAAUGGCAUGGUGACGGGUUUUCAUCAUGGAAUACUAAGGAUAGCCAUGGAGCCUUCAUUACUGGGAACAGCAUUUCUGGAAGGAGGCCCUGAUAGAAGAAUCAAGCUUGACCGAAGUCCUGGAAUCGAUGAGUUAUAUGUUGAAGGGUAUCUGCAGGCUAUGCUGGAUGCGAUAUAUAAGCAAGAAUAUUUGAGGGUUAGAGUUGUUGAUGAUCAGGUUAUUCUUAAAAAUCUACCUCCAAACAGUUCGCUUAUUGAUGAGAUCGUGGAGAGGGUGAAAGACUUUCUUAUUAGCAAAGCUUUGUUGAAGGGAGAUUUUUCAACUAGCUCCCGCCCUCUAAGGCACCUUCGAGGAGAGAAUGAAUGGAGAGUUGGGCCAAUUGUUCUGACUCUGUGCGAGCAUCUCUUUGUGAGUUUCACAAUCCGCAUGCUGAGAAAGCAAACAGAUAAGGCCACGGGAAAACUGAAGUUGAAGGAAAGAUGGGUGCGUAAUCAUGCAGAUAGUGAAUUGAGUAGCUCUGCUGCUGCCACUUCUAAGGAACCUAAGGAGGGGAAAUCUAUAUGGAGAUGGGGAUUUGGGAAGUUUAUCUUAUCAGCAAUGGUGGCUUAUGUUGAUGGACGAUUGUGUCGCUGUAUACCAAAUCCUGUUGCAAGAAGGAUCGUAAGUGGUUUUCUACUGAGUUUCCUUGAUAAUAAUGACAAGUCUAAAUGACUGGUAUACUCGCACUUGGAGUCGGUGUUAGGGCUCAGGUCCACUUACUAUUGUCCCUCUUAUGGUAGUUGAGGGAUAGUUUUGUUUCCCUUGGAGUUGCAUGUAAAUGAAUUACUAGUCAUUAGGAAUAUGUACAUAGAAUGACAUUCAACAAUUUUUUUGUAUAUUCUUUCUUUCCUCUCGCUGCUGUGGUUGUUUAUUUGUCUCAGAAGUGAUUAAAAAGGGUUUUGUUUAUGUGAAUCCAGAAUGAUAAGUGUAAAGUAGUUUCCUCGGAAAAAAAAGAAAAAAUUGUCCAUAGUGGUUGAUCUGCCA